CAGGGCAGCCACCAUCCCUUCUGCACCCUCAGCUGCAGUGAGGUGGGGCUGACCCUGUGGGGUCCCAUCUCAGCCCACAGCAUGCCCCUGUCACACGAGGUGGCUUGACUGGAGCCUGCACAGCAGGAAGGGGAGACUGACACUGGGAAGGACACUUGUUGGUCACCCCAGAUUAGCCAUGGCAGUGGCAGGCAGGAGAGGCACUACAGCCUCCCCACACACCAGCAUCACCACCACGGCUUGGCCAGGCUCCCUGGACAGCUGGCUUAGCUGGAUCCCGUUACCCAAAUGGGCCCUCAUCACCGUGGCUGUGGCAGGGGCCAUUCUCCUCCUUCUCUUCCUCAUCUGCAUUGUCAAGUGCUGCUGCAGCAAGAAGAAGCCCAAGAAGAAGGAGAGAAUCGGCUUGUGUGCCGUCAGCAACUCCAGCACAACCAACCUUGUCCAGCCUGAGAUGGAGGACUUGGAGUGGGAAGUAGAGCAGAAGCGGCGAGGAAAGCUGCAGUACUCCCUGGAGUACAACUUCCGCAUACAGGAGCUGAAAGUUGGUGUGAAGCAGGCAGUUGAGCUGAAGGCCAUGGACAGUGGAGGCACAUCUGACCCGUAUGUGAUUGUCUACCUAACAUCCGAUAUGAGGAAGAGAUAUGAGACCAAGGUUUACCGCAAGACCCUGAACCCCAUCUUCAACGAGAGCUUCACUUUCCAGGUACCCCAGGCUGAGAUGUCUGAAUCCACACUGGUGAUGCAGGUCUAUGACUUCAACCGCUUUGCCAAGCAUGACAUCAUUGGUGAGGUCCGGCUGCCCCUGGCCAGUGUCAACCUGCAGCAUGUCAUCGAGCAGUGGAGUGACCUGGCGGUGGCCAGUAAAGUGGAGGAAGAGCAUUUGGGUGAGAUCUGCUUCUCACUGCGCUAUGUCCCCAGCACAGGCAAGCUGACAGUGCUCAUCCUGGAAGCCAAGCAGCUGAAGCGGAUGGAUUCUAAUGGACUCUCAGAUCCUUUUGUCAAGGUGCAUCUUAUACUGAACAGAAAGAAAUGGAAGAAAAAAAGGACAAGUGUGAAGAAAAACACCAUAAACCCUUACUUCAAUGAGGUGUUUGUUUUUGAGGUGCCUUUCAGUCAGAUCCAGAAUGUGGACGUGGUCAUCUCUGUCUGGGAUCAUGACAAAGUGACCAAGAACGAGCCCAUUGGCAAACUCUUCCUGGGCUGCCGAGCCACAGGCAACCAGCUGCGGCACUGGUCCGACAUGCUGUCCAACCCACGGCGGCCCCUCGCCCAGUGGCACAUCCUGCAGCCCCCAGACGUGGUGGACAAAGCCCUGGGACUGAAGUCCCACCUCAAGCUGCCCCUACACUCCAGAUAGUGGGGGUCUCCUUCUCCACCCAGGGAGCAGGAUGGUGGGCUUGUGGAGGAGUGAUGCGCUUCUGCUCAGCAAGCUCUAGACAUGUUGGUCCCAGCUCAUUGUCAGCAAAGGGGGGACUGGACUCCUUCAGCAAAGAGGGGACUGGGACUCCUUCUGGCCAAGAGAUGAUCUGGCUGCUGGUGCAGCUCAUGCUCUGUGUAAUAGCUGGGACAGGGCAGCUCAGCAUCCCAUGGCAAGGCUGGAUGUGGAGCAGAGGGUGCUAGAGGAGAUGGCAUGGGCACAGGAGCCAGCUCAUCCCAACUGCUUAUGGGCCGGGGGGGUGAAAUACACAGAGCUUCAGGCUCAUGCAAAACAGAGUCCAUUGAUAUUUAUAAAGCAGAGGGUUAACAUGCCAGUGGCAUGGGUGGGAGGUUUCUUUAGUUGUGAAUAACUUGGCAAGAAAUGUGUUCUUGGAAAGGCUUCAUGUGUCUUGUGAAGGAUUUUAAACAAGACCAAGGUAUUGAAGAAUGUAAGAGGCUUGAGAGAAGGAAUACAGGUGGAUGAGGAAGGUGUUGGAGAUGUCAGACUAGCUCUUUAGUGCCUCUGCAGUGUGUGUUCUGUCCAGGCUAGAGGCUAAAUGAAAAGCAAUGUGGCUUCACACUUAGCCCAUUCUCAGCCUGUGAUGAUUUGUGCACAGUAAGAUGUGGCUCAGGCUCUGGAACUCACCAGUGACCAUCCCCAUGGACCACACACAUGAAGAUGCACAGUGUCAGCUCCAUUCACCUCACUACAGGAGUGGCACAGCAAGGUUUGACCUCUGGCAGCUGGAGGUCCUGCCAGGGUGGAAGGGUUGAGGUCUUGCUUUCACACUGUGAUCACACCACCCUGGUAAGGCUGGCUCACAGCUCUCACGUCACUUCUGGCAGGUUACAUGUUUAAUCUGGGAGGUUUUUUGUGGCCGCAUGUCCUGCCCCACCCUGCUUUGUGGGGCCUUGGUGUGGGGGCUGCAUAAGUAAAGAUCUCUCCUAGAAGGAUGAGGGCAUGGGAUGGUGUUCCUGCAGGCCCUUGAGUAUGCUGCAGUUUGGGGUGACUCCAGAGCCGCUCCUCUGAGCUAUCUGCAGGAAGAAGCUCCCAGCACUGGGCUAGAGGAGGAGGGAAUUGCUCCUGUUCUGAAAUGCUUCUGCUACAAAGCAGCCACAGAACACAAGAUCUGGGCUCAUGCUGUGGAAUUUUGGCCCUAAAGACAAAAGUCCUUUUCACCACAGGGAGCUGCAGGCACAGUGCUAAUAGCUAUUGCCUGGGCUCUGGAGGGGAGAGAGCCUGGCACAUUAAUGAAAAGCUAUUAAUAUUAAAAAGCAGUUAAUCUGUGAUUACCCAGAGCUCCACAGAGCGACUAUCCAAGAGUUAAACAAACAUGAAGCUGAGGAAGAUUAUGAAAAGUCUCGAUAGAGAUUAAUGACCUGAGCUUAACCAUAAAAAGCUGCUGCUGUGUCUGCCUCCUGAUGAAUAUUCUCCAGGCUUUGCUGUGGCCGUGAGGAGGGCAGAAAUGACAGCGUGGUUUUGAGAUGACUGUAACAAGUGAAGUGUGGCUUCUGCUGGGGAAACAGCAUCUGCUGGCAGCCGCUAAUGAGAUGGAGGAGGAAAUCAGUCACCUGAGAAAGACUUGUAAAGGGAUGUUUUAAACCCUCAGCCUUCAGUCUCAACCUUAGAAUCAGCCUAGAGCAGGCUGUGCAGAAGGGAACAUCUCUGAAUUGGGUUUGGAGUUCCAAAUCUAUUGCCAGAUUGGUUUUUGGUGAUGCUGUUGUGGUGAUUUAGGGCCAUGCAGCAUCCAGAAAGGGCUUUUGGAGGUGUUUGGAACAGGCAGUUCUUAUUUUUGUGUGUGUGUGUAUGUGUGCUUUUUCCAGUCCUCUUAUUUUGAAGUCAUAGCCUUGAGGUUCGCUGCAUAAUUUAUGGGACUGGGCAUAAAAGUAUGUGCAUAUUAGUCCCAAAACAGAUGCAAUUGAAGGAGGUGCAGAGACAGCCCUCCCUUGAGAAGAGUUCUACCCCACACCAGUGCCUGCCCCUUCUCUGCAGCUUUGGCCUUGCUCAGUGCUGGGUGAGCAGAGCUGGAGAGGAAAGGCCACGGUGCUUUUAGGGGAAAGGCCAGGGAAGGUGGGAGUGAGCAUAGAGCUGGGCUGGCUCUGGGCAACCUGGAGCAAGCCUUUGUGCAGUAAAAACUCAGCAAACCGAGUUGUUUGCUAAGGAGGGAGAGGCAAGCAGGUGGGGAUGUUCUCCACCCAGCUCCAGCUUUUAAUGCACCGCCAAGGCUGCUUUUCCCCUCCGUCAUCAUUUCUCUUUCUCAGUGAGCCUUGUGUGCUUACAGCACGGCUUUGAGCACUCCCCUCCCCUGGCAGGAUCCUCUUAGUGUCUGCUGGCAGCUGUUUGAAGCAGGGCUGGUGGAUCUGGGCUUCAUUUCAUGCCUUAUUUCACCCCAAAUGAACACAGCCUGCUCGGGAGCCUGUUUGCAGGAAGGCAGACAGCCCUGUCUCGUGUGCAAGCCAUCUCCUUUUCACCUCCCUGUGGCCUUGGUGGGGCUGGCUGUCCCUCAUCCAUCAAAGCCAGAUGCCUGAACAUCUUCUGCCUCACCAGUGCUCCUCCUGCACUUGGAGGGUGGCAGAUGCAACAAGAAGAGAAGUAAAGGAGGGGGAAAAGCAGCUCCUCCUCAGCUUGUGCCUGUGCUGGGUUCUGCAUCUAGAGGGCAGGGCAGUACGUGCUCUGGGCUGGCUCUCUGUGUCAUCUGCUCUGUGGCCCCUGUUAGAGCCUCACCAGCCCAGAUUUCUUCUCUGGAGAUGGAGCCCGUGUUCAAGAGGGAGAGAAAGCAGCGAUGCUGUGCCAGCCCUUUCCCAUGGCUGCACAGCUUAUGUGGCAAUGCUGGAGGUGUCUGAGUGCCUUUUUCCAGGAUCAGCAGCCAGCCCUUGCCUGAUCCUGCACCACAGGGGCCAAGAGGGUUUUGCUGGUGAUUAAGGAGGGGCAAAAAUCAGGUGUCCAAACCAUCCAAGGUGGCUGGGUGGUGGAUGGGGAGUUUGUCUCUCUGCAUUUAAUUAUCAGCUUUGCAGGUCAGUGGCAAGGCAAAAAGAGCUUGGGCCAAGCAGAGGUCUGUUAAAAGAGACAAGAAACACUGAAAAUUGAGGGGUGUGUUUGUUAUUAAGAUUUAUAAUCUCAA